UGACUGGGCGAUGGCCACGAUGGUCACGCCGCCGAUGGAGGAACCUCCCGAGAGACACGGCACAGCAGCAGCACCCGAGAGGCUUCACAGCAGCCACAACACAGCAACACCCGAGACAACACACGAGAAACCAGCAGGAGCUCAGCAGCAGAGCAGACAAGUGGGCCCGCACCGGGAAGCGGGCCGAUAACAUGCAGGCAUGGCGAUUUGUUGUCACCCUCGCCCUGCUGGUUGGUCUCUUUGGAGCCUUAGACCUCUCCUUGCUGAAGACACGACAGUCCAGGCCGGCAACGUGUGUUUUCGGCAACCCAGAGGCCCCGGUGCUGUGUGCCUCGCCAGACCACGCCAGCCGAAUCCGACCCCAGUUCCUGAGCCCUUUCCUUGGCCCGGAGCCCUGGCUGCCAGCAUGUGUCGGUAGGGCAACAGCAAACAUCGUGUCCUGCUUUUCUUUGUGCUGGCUCAGCUUUUUGUUACUUCGCAUCUGCAGGUCGGCGUCAACAUCAAUUCGGACGCGUCGUAUCUAGAGCGGGACUACGGGGUCGAAGUGGCGAACACGGUGGACUUGCGAACUUUCGCAAGACAGAGCUGGGUGGAGACCCCGUGUCGUUCACUGGCGGGUAUGACGUCUCACUUGCUUGGGAGACAGUUGCCCAAGGAUCCGGUCGUCCGCUUGUCUCGCUGGAGUGCUCCCCUCGCUGACAAGCAGGUGCAGUAUGCCUGCUUGGAUGCUUACGCGUCCGUUCUUGUUUAUCAGGAGGUGGCGAAGUUCCAGGAUCCUAUUCUUUCCCCUCCUCCGGUGGAGCUGCAACCCGGAACAAAGGUACGACUCUACAGCAAAAACCAUGCCAGCUGUGUUGGUGUUGGAGAGGUACAGGACGAUGAAAUCGCUGCCGAAGCCUUGGAUCGCUGGCGCCCUUCCGCACGGAGAAAAGGGCGUCUGACGCAAGUGGUUGUCAUGCUGAACGGGGUGUUCAAGCCUGCGGCGUACAUCCCACACAAAGGUGCACCACGUGCGGCCUCGGGUGUGGGUCGCGUGACGAUGAAAGACGCGAACAGUGACAAAGGUGACCGACUUGUGCUUUGGGACAUCGCCCAUGUUCGUCUCGUGAGCGACUGGAAACCACUUCCUGCGGCAGCAGCACCUUCAGCGAAUGCGAAUGAUAGUGCAGCUUACGACGACAACGACCAGUUCUACGCUUCCAAGAGACCUCCGCACGUGGUGCACUCACAAGAUGAUGAAGACCCGGACGACGGCGAUGAGGACGAAUACGAUGGUCAUGACUGCGGCGACAUCGGUAGUUCCGGCGGCGGCGAUCACUGGGUCGGGGCAGGGGGCGAGGCCGGGGGUGCGGGGGGCGGACCAGGCGGUGGGGGAGGCGGAGUCGGGAGCGGGGGAGGUGGAGCCGGGAGCGGGGGAGGCGGAGCCGGGAGCGGCGGUGAUGUCGACAUGGAUUACUGGGUAGGUAACGGGGAGUCUGCGCUGAAGGUUCGCCUGGAUAUCUUCCACGCACUCCAACGCGUUUCAAAGCUGUGCAAGAAGAGCCACGGCGCCUUCAAGCCCUUCAUGGCUCGACUGAGAGAUGCUUGCUUCAUUGUCAACCUGGAUGACAUCAAAGAGGCAAGUAGAGCAGGCCCUUGCCGGCAAGGGAAUGACACCAGAAGCCGUUGUUGAGUACAAGGACAAGAACUGGACGUUCUUCGUUCGGAAUUGUCGGCGGCUGGUGCCGGAGCAGAAACGAUUGCUCGAGCGCUUCAAUUUGGUGAUUCGUCAGUUCCAGGACGUAGUCGAUGCGAAAUCUGGAGAAACACUUCUUCGGCCGUGUGCGAGGCAGGCCGUCGAACUGCUCCGCAAGCAUAUCGAAAGUGGCUGCCUGAGCGACCCUGAACGUGUGCCAUUGUACUACAUACACUACGGGGAAAAAUUCAGCGGGGAUCACGACUCGUCGCUGCGUUCGAGGCACCAACUGCACCGAGGGUUAUCAUCGCUACCUUCGCAGGCUGCUCUCAACUUACUGCGCGUCUCCUUCACUGGCUCACUCCGUUCUUCUCGAGUUCAACUACCGUUGGAAUGUUGGGAUGGCUGUGAAGAACCGCGGCCUACCAAGGGAGGUUGGGGAGUUCUUCGAUCAAUUCGAGAUUGAGAUAAUUCAACGAGAGACUGCUAGCUGGUACCCAGACAGCCCCUUGUUUCCUGAAUGGGUCUCUGCGCUUGACGCAGCAGACACUGGUGAGCAGAGCGGCCUUUCUGAGAGCCUGUGGGGGCCUGCCAGUGGUGGGGACGUACCGAGCGAGCCUAGCGAUCUUGUUGACGAGCAAGGGUUGGCCCAAAACGCCGUACCAAUGCCAAAGCUCACGCAUUCUGCGAAGAAGUACGCCCAAAUGAUGCAUGCCGGCAUGCCGGUCACGCCCGUUCAUACUGGAGCAGAGAAACGGAAAUUUGCGAGCGAGCUGAACAGCCAACUCUAUAUGCCGGGGCAGCCAAAGGGGAGGAAUCAGAACUACCAAAACAUCAGCUUUGAUGCCUGGGCCGUAGCAUAGAACCAGCAUUGUGCCAAGAUCGAGUCUGGUCUUGUGGAGUUUGAAGCAGUGUAUCGUAAAACCUCAGGUCAGCCGCAGUCGUACCACCAAAAGUUCCUUGAACGUGCUAACUCUCAAUUUACGAUGUUGCCUUUGCGCAAUCAGCAUUCAGCGCUGUGUGUGCACCUACAGGAAGGUGAAGAGGGUGCGGCUUUUGGUGAUUUAGUCGGUGUCAGUGUCCCCCUUGCUGUUCCACGGAGUGUGGUCGUUGCAGGAGGGGGUGCUGCGGGUGGGGAAGACUUGAGGGAAGAUGAUUCAGAGAUGGUGGACGUUGGUGAUGACGAUGAGGAUGGCAUUGGUGGUGGCGGCUUUGACGUUGGUGGAGGUGGGAUUGAGGUACAAACCCAAGCAAAGGGGAAGAAACGCAAGGGGCCCCCGCGGGAGCCGCAGAUUUGCACAACUUGCGGCCACCGCAAACAGCAAGGCUCGUACAAGAGCGCGCACGCUCACCCGCGAAACAAGUUGGGGAGCCCGCCUUGCAGUGUGCCACCAGGAGUACGCUCGGCCGGAGAGUUAGAGAACAGGAAGGCUUCAGCGGGGGCAGAAGUUGUUCGGCCGGUGUGAUUGUGCGAAGUGUUGCUCAGCGGAUGGUUGAAAAUAUGGUGCGUGUGUGUUUGGGUUUCGGUAUGGCAUUUAGUACCAGUAGUGAGUAAGUGCACAAUGAAGUGUGUGACGGUAUUGUCCGGGAUAUUUGGGCGAAGUUCCGAACACCAUUUAUUGCGGGUGAUCCCUUGGAAACAACAAUACUUGUAGUU